UUUGAGAAUGAAUGCUAAAAGGAAUGACAAAGCUAUAGACCACCUCUUCCUCCGAUCUGUACUCUUAACAAUUUUAUAUUUUUCUAAAUUUUCUUUUUUUACAUUUUUAGAUGUUUUUAUCAUCUCAGUACUUGCCAAUAUCUCUUUUUUAUUUUUCCUAUUAUUUGUAUUUUCUUUACUACGCUGCGUGGCAGUCUCUCUUCUUAAUUUUUCUUUCUAUUUUAAUUGCUCUUUAAUUCCAGCUUCUUUUCUUAUUUUCUUAUUUUUAAAAUUUUUCCUUUUUUGA